ACUUAAAAUGCCUUUACGAAAUGCGAGAAUAAACAAACUCAAGAAUAUUUCUAGAAGACUGCUUGAGGACACACAAGAUGAUAAAGAAGAAUUCAAAAAAAAGAACGUGUCAUGGUAUCCAGAAUGA